UUGCCUGCAUAAAUCAUGCCGGAGUACGUGCAACUACGACGCGCGCGCGUUGCAGUCGCCGAGAACGUCCCACGUCUCUUCGGAACUUCGGCGUGUGCCCCUUUCCCAGGCAUGGAUUGCAAGAGCGACGAUGACAAGUCGUACAAGAGAGGCAACGUGAUGUCUCUGGAGUAUUACAUGGCGACCUUGCUUGCAAUGUUCCGGCAUGUCCGAAUUUGGCCCGUGACAUCGUUCACUUUAUGUAAAACGUUUCUCGUGACGACGGGAACGAACAUCUCUCUCAUGGCAAUUUUUCUGGUCCUGCUUUCGGAAAUUGUGGCACUCAUGAUGAUUACCAGCCUGAAACUCUUCGCUAAUAUCAUUGGUGUAAUCUGCAUGCAUGUCACGGGCUUAAUAAAAUGGUGUUAUUGCAUAAGAUAUAAUGAAGAAAUUGUCCAUAUCGUGACGAAGUUAGAAAAGUGCCACGUACUUUGCCAACAGUUCGACAACUGCGAGAAAGUAUCUCAGAUAUAUAAGGAUGAAAUGGAAUAUGCACGUCGAUGGUCCAACUGGUACCUAUGGUGGUCUCUGUGUAUUUAUAUCUAUGGUGUCAUUCAUUGGUGUUCCAAUCCAUUUCUCGCACACCUUUUGGCGGAUCAUACGAAUUCUAUCAAUCAAACAUUUAGGAAAAUAAACUUACCGUAUAUUGGAUGGUACCCGAUCGACAUCGACGAUAUGGAGAAUUUCAUUUGCGUAUAUCUUUUGCAGUUUUCCGGCAGUAUAUCUUCUGUGCUCGGAAUUGCUUGGUUCGAUGCGUUUUACAUCUGCAUGGUGCUAAUCAUCUGCGCGCAAUUUCAAUAUAUCAAUACAAUUUUGGAGAACACUGAUUUCCAUAAUGCAACGUUCGCUCUCGAGAGAAAAUUAAAGAACUGCCUGGACUGUCAUGUACAAAUUAUAAAAUUCCUAGAGAUGUUACAAACUUUUGCCAGUCCGGCUAUGUUCGUGCAAUGCAUCGAAACGUUAGUUCUCAUUUGUCUGGUCUCAUUCGAUGUUGCAACGGUCGAAAUUGCGUUUCACCCGGAACACAUCUUCAAAUUGUGGUCUCUGUUCGAAUACCUCAUAUUAAGCUGCAUUCAAUUGUACGUUUUCUGUUUCGUUGCUACUCGUCUUGAACAAUUGGGCACACAAAUUGCGUGUUCAGUGUAUUUUUGCGGAUGGGAGCGAUGGGUGUUCAAAGAAUGUCAGUCAAAUUUCAGCGGACAGAAAGAUGGAUUAAAAUAUUAUAACAUCAAGCGAUUGCGAUUGGUGCAAAUGAUAAUGCUGCGAGCACAGAAACCGAUUAUUUUAACCGGCGGUCCGUUUUACAAACUUUCGUUGGAAACUUUCAAAGUUAUAAUAAGUAUGGCAAUAUCGAACUGUAUUGUGUUGCGUACAAUGUCUGAAACAGAUAAUUGAAUCCAAAAUCAGUAGACGUUUUAUAUUAUUACAUUUUCAAUAUAGAAAGACUUACAUCUGCAGAAUAUCUUUUUAUUUAAAAAAAUUAAUACUAGGCGCGUGUCUGUAGAAUAUGAUACUGUUUAUACGAUCUCGUAUGAUUUUACAUUAGUGUACACAUUAUCUCUGGCAGAAACUUGUUUGUUUCUCUACUUUCCUGAUAAGAUGUGUGGCGACAACCGAUAGAUGAUUGCAAUGUGCAUGCAAGUACAUUACGUUUUUGUAAUAUUAUGGUAGUAUAAGGGAUCAGUCUAUAAACAUACAUUAAGUAAAAUCAAUCUUUAAUAAUUAAACAAUUCCGUGAGUCUUUCCAGAUGGAGACCAACGAAGAUAUCAAUAUCAAUUAGCGCACUGCUAACAACCGAUAAGAUUGAACAUCUAAAAGAUAACUAGUUCUCUAUUUUACGCUUUAAAGCAAUGAAAAAACUUAAUUUUACAGUAUAUUUUAUUAUUUACAAGAAUACACUUGAACGUAUCUGGUGCUCCAAUAACGCUAUCAAUAUAUUAUAAGCUUUCAUUACGCUAGCGUUUCCGUACGCUUCUAAAAGUGGUCUCUUGCCGUUUCUCUUGGCAGCCAGCCUUGUUGAGCGUGAAAGAGAAGGAAAAAGAGAACGAGAACGGAGGAAGCGGCAGAAAGAGAGAGACAGAGAUAUAUAGCGGGUGGAAGGGACGACUGAUGAGAGUGGGGCUAAAGAGAGAGGAUGCCAUCCACCUCCAACCGUAUAAGGAGCCCGCGCUUCUACCAGGAGAGCAUGAGAAGCAUGGCAGUCGUGGCCACUAGUUUCUCUGCAUGCUAUCUUAUCACGGACAGCCACGUGCCUCGACGAGGCACCUUGGAGCCACGAGUGGACUCGCCGCGACGAGACGGCUCUUGCGACCUCAUGCGCGCCUGGUAUCCGAAAGUUGAGAUUAGAAUGCACGUGGUCACCCUUCUGGAAUCUGGUCGUUCUACUACGAUGUAGGGAAGAUUGACGAUCGACCUUACUAGGUAGUCACUGCCAGCCGAAGAUGCGCCUGCCGAAUUUGAGCGGACAUGGCUCGCUGAGGUCGGACCAUACUCAGCUUUACUCACUUCAACGUUUCCUAUCUCUAAUAGCAAAGUUCGCGUCUUGAUAUUGCAUGCCUCGCAAUAUGGCGCGGCAAUGAUGCGUUUCUUGAAUUGAUAAGAAAGACAAUGAGCAAGAUACGUGAUUAUAUGUUUUAUUAAUAAGAUGUAGAAAGGUACGCAUAAGACGCACACAUGUACUGUUCGAAGAAUAUUAUUGUAUCAAUUAAUUGUUAAUAAUAUCAUUAUCAGUUA